AUGCGGGGUGGCCGUUGCGGGGGCUACGCGGCGUGGGCCGCCGCGAGCGCGACUUUGCUGCUCGUUUUCGCUUCACCAACCAGGGCGGAGCCGGAGGUGCCCACUACGACGGAAUUCGAUCCUUCUAAGCGCGGUAAGAAGAUGUACGGCGAUUCGUGUUCAUCGGUGCUGGAGUGCGGUUACCCUGAUUCGAUAUGCGAUGACAACAUCUGUCGUUGCGAUCCGUCUAUGCCGAUUUCCAAUGAUUUUGAUAAAUGUGCUAAAGCUGCUGGUAUCAACGAGACCUGCAUGUUCAACCAGCAGUGCGAAGCGGCUGUGAUCAAGACCACCUGCAGGAACGAGCGUUGCGUGUGCAUGUACGAGAUGGUGCCCGAGAUGACGGUCGGCGGUGCGAUAAUCUGCAAAUCUCAAAAGCACGUCGAGGAAUCGACCCAGACUCUUGAUCCAGCAAUGAUUGGCGUCCUUGUUGGAAUGGCCUUGAUGUUUGUAAUAAUUUGCGUUGUGCUUCGGCUUUUCAGCAGGGCUCGAUGGAGGGAGAACCGAACCAUAUUCAACACGCCAAACCCUCGACUGAUGAACGUGUCGUUGUUACGUGACUCCAAACUCCUUCACUCGCAGGAUCGACGCGGCUCGCGCGUGAGUGUGCGCCCUCCAUCGAGACAGGCGAGCCAGCAGGAACUGAGACCUCAUUCACCGAGUCCAGGAUCCCGUCGUGGGUCAAGGACGAGCAGCGCGCAUUCCGCCUCGUCACUGAGAUCCGCGACCCUUCGAUCUCCGACCGCCGCCGGGCCUACGUCCGUCACUGUGGAAAUACGCGCACCGGAUGCA